CAGGUUUGCUUUGCUCCGUCACUGCUCACUCAAAUUCCUGGACUCACGCCAGUUCACUUGUAAACACUGAGGUCAAUUUAAGAGGAUACGGCUGACAACAACCACGUCAAUGAAUUCCUCCAACUUUAAUUUCACCUUUCAUCCACCGGUUUCAUCGACUAAUUAAAGAGGCGGUUGCUAAGAGAUGACACUCUGUGACAUUGGUGAGAGCCUCUGAUGUAGCGAAGCCUGAAGCUCCACUUCUCCAGGAUCCUUUUCCUUUGGAAGCUCUGUCUGUGUGUGUGCCCUGCUCAUGUGAAAUAUACGCUCUCGUAUCAACGGACUCACAAAUACCAUGGCAACUUUUACUGCUCCUCGUGCCACGACCAACGCCAAGGUGGCCCGAACUUCAAGGCAAGGGAGCGGCGACGAGGCAAAGAAUGGGGAGGUGGGACAAAACACUAUUUUGGAGAAGACCCACGAGUUCUUUAAGAUGUGUGACAUCGAGAACAAGGGCUUCAUCUCCCGACGGGAUAUGCAGAGGCUGAACGCUGAGCUCCCUCUCAGUGCGGAGGAGUUGGAGAACGUAUUUGAUACCCUCGAUUCUGACGGCAAUGGAUUUCUCACCCUCGACGAGUUCUCCUCCGGCUUUAGUAAGUUUUUAUCAGGUCAGAAGGUUUCAGUAGAGGAAGGCAUGGGGGAGAAGAACGCCUGUAAAAGCCCCACAGAGGUCCUGUACCAGACCCAGUGGGAGGAGAGCCUGGCGAGACCAGACGAGGAUGAAGAGGAGAAACACUUCGACAUGCUCAUGGAGAGCCUCGGGGCGAACAGCGUCUUUGAAGAUCCUGCUGAGGUGCGCAGUCUGUGGGCCACGCUGCGCAGAGACGAACCUCACCUUUUAUCCAAUUUUGAGGACUUCCUGUCCAGAGUGACGUCCAAGAUCAUAGAGGCCACCCAGGAGAAGAGGGAGAUGGAGAACGCUCUCAAAAGGAAAUCAGCAACACACGAUAAUGAGAUCCAGCGCCUUUAUGAGGAAAUGGAGCAGCAAAUAAAAAGUGAAAAAGACAGGAUUGUCCUGCAGGACUAUGAGCGCUUCCUGAGUCUCAGUCAGGACCUGGAGCUGCAGCUGUCCAGUAAGGAGAAGGAGCUAGAACAGCUCUUUCAGAAGCAGAGAGGGUUGGAGCAUCAGUGCCACGAUCUUCACUCUGAACAACAUGAGACCAAGGUGGAGAACGUGAAGCUGAAGAACACGAAUGACGAGUUGUCCCGGGAGCUGGAGCACACCAGCCAGGAGCUGAUGCUGGCCCAGGAUCAGCUGAGUCUGCUGCAGGACCAGUCCACACGGCUUCAUGAGGAGAAGGAGAUUGAAAUAUACAGACUGACUGAGGGACUGCAGAGAGAGCGAACAAGCCUCCUCAAACAACUGGACCUUUUGAGGGAAAUGAACAAACAUUUACGGGAUGAGAAGGACAUAUGCUUUCAGAAUGCAAAGAAUUAUAGGAAAACACCAAGUUUGAGGCCUUCAAUGAGUGUUCUGAAACAUACAAACACAAACAUCUUCAAAAGUGAGGAUGAGGAGGAGAUAACCACCAGCUCGAGCCAGUCCUACGUCAGAGUGAACACAAGAGGACACCUCCAGAGGAUCAUCUCCAUCGAGGAGGACCCCCUCCCCAGCUUACUCCAGAAUGGCUCUGUGGCCCAAACUCCUCUUCAGGAGUGCAGUGAAGAAGAAGAAGAAGAAGAAGAAGAAGAAGCCUCUGCCAAUGAGGAGAAUAUAGACUUGGUGAUGAGCGAUAUUCUGGGAGCCUCUUCUGCCCAACAGCAAAAGAUGAAAGAACAUGUGGAGGAAAGGGAAACCCCCACAUCUCCAAGGGGUCAGCCUGUUGGCAAGGAAACCAGCAUAACUGAGGAAGGCGGUCCUUCGCCGCCCGACCGCCUCUUCAAGAUCGUCCUGGUUGGGAACUCCAGUGUGGGAAAGACGUCCCUCCUCCGGCGAUUUUGUGAUGAUAGCUUCCACCCGGGCACUUCUGCCACUGUGGGUAUAGAUUACAGUGUAAAGACAAUUAUUGUGGAUAACAGCCAGGUGGCACUGCAGUUAUGGGAUACAGCAGGACAAGAGAGGUAUCGUAGCAUCACCAAACAGAUAUUUCGAAAGGCUGACGGAGUGGUUGUGAUGUAUGACAUCACAGCCGUGCAGAGCUUCAACGCUGUCAGACAGUGGCUUACAAAUGUAAAGGAGGGCACAGGCGAAGACAUUCCCAUCAUGCUCUUGGCAAACAAAACGGACAAGGAGAUCGAGAGACAAGUUCAGAAAGGAGUGGGCGAAAGAUUAGCCAAGGACUGCCAAAUGACCUUCUAUGAGUGCAGUGCGUGCACGGGACGCAAUGUGGCAGAGUCCAUGAUUCAUUUAGCCAGAAUCCUGAAGGAGCAGGAGGACCGAGAGAAGGAGGAGACGGUGCAGCUGGUCGACGGCGGACCCUCAGAGAAGAAGAGAUCCUGCUGCUAACAGUAAACACAGCUAACACACACAGUAGCACUACCCUUUACUAAGAAACAGAUGGAGUGACCACUGAGGACACAUUAUUAUGAAAGUCAGCACAACUCCUCACUGUCUUCCACCUUGUGCCGCUCGGGGUAAACACCAGAAUUCAUACCGUUUGUACGUUAUUGCAGUGUAAAAAUAACCUCAAGUUUCAGGAAGAUAUAGUAAAAUAAUAAUAUAAGUAAGAAGAAUGUAAGAACAUUCUAAAGAAAGAUAUAUUUAUAUAAACAACUGAACAAAUGUAAGUCAAGUCAAAUACCUUUUUAAUGUUGGCACCGCGGAUCUCAAAAUAUUUAUUUAGCUUCCGAGAAAACUUUAUAUGUCACCUCUGGACGUGUUCCCUUAAAUAUCAAUGUUUUCAUUCAGUGUUAUGUGUAUUUUUUGUAGCUGUUCAGCUUUUGUACACAGACAUAAGUCAACAACAGUUAAAUGUAAUGCAUUGUCAAACCAACUCGCAGUAAACACUACCUUAAUGACGGUUUUAGGUUUUUACAGUGUGUGUUCUGACUGUGAGAUGUUGAAUCAAUUAUUAGGGCCAAGAUAAGUUGUUUUUUUUAGGUUUUGUCUGUGUGUAUAAAGUAAGAACAAAACCACUCUCAUCCAGUGAAGCACAGCAGAAACGUGCUUCUCUGUUGUGGCCUUAAUGAAUGAAAAUAAUGUGAAGGGUUACGAAUAGUUUGUAAUUAAUGUAUUAAUUAGGUUGGGAACACUUUAUAAAUCGUUAAUAAGCUUUUAUAAGACAUGAGAUAAACAGGGUUGUGACCGGUUGCUUGCCAAAUAGUGAGCCCACAUUUAUCUGUACUGCUAAGCCUUAUAUUGGCUACUUAGCUUACUUCGUCUUCUUCAUCAGCCAGCAUCCUUGGUAUCUGUUGCUCACUGAGUUGAUUCUCGCUAAGUAGCCAAUAUAAGGCUUAGUCAUCUUGCCAAACAGUGAGCCUGUGUUGAUGUAUGAAAACUAUGUUAGAACUGGUUUAUAAAUGGUUCUUAUUGAUUAAUAAUGUGUUUCCAACCUAAUUCAUAACCUAAUUAUAAGCCCUUUAUGAAUCCUUUAUAAGGGUAGUCUUAUUGUAAAGUGGUACCAAAAUAACUAAUAUAUUGUAAUUUUUGCCCUUUUUACCAUCUUUUGUGUAUUUUGCUCUUUGGUAUUGCACUAUGGUCACUUAUACUGCUCCACUACUGCCAGUGUCUUGCACUUCACUUUAAUGUAAAUAUAAACAUGUCAAUAUAUAAAAAAUAAAGAAAUGUUAAUGUUAA